AUGAAGUCUGCUGCUGUUAUCCUACUGGGCUCGUUGUCCACCAUGGUCGCUGGACACGGCUACCUUGUCACGCCCGACAGUCGAACCAAGCUCGGAUUCGAGGCUGGAACUGAUACGUGCCCUGAGUGCACCAUCCUCGAGCCCGUUGAGUCUUGGCCCGAUCUCGACGCCGCCCCAGUUGGCCGUAGCGGCCCCUGCGGAUACAAUGCCCGUGUGAGCGUCGACUACAACCAGCCCGGCGCAGAUUGGGGCAAAGAUGUGGUCAAGACUUACAAAGCUGGCGACGUCAUUGAUGUCGUGUGGUGCAUUGACCACAACGGUGAUCACGGUGGCAUGUUCGCCUACCGUAUCUGCCAGGAUCAGGACAUCGUCGACAAGUUCCUGGACCCGGAUUACCUGCCAACUGAAGAGGAGAAGCAGGCAGCCGAGGCCUGCUUCGACGAAGGUCUUCUUGAAUGCACCGGUGUGGAUGGACAGGAAUGCGGCUACAGUGCCGAUUGUAAUGAGGGCGAGGCUUGUCACCGCAAUGACUGGUUUACGUGCAACGGCUUUGAUGACACCAAGUGCCAAGGUGUCGACAAUGCUGAGCUUAAUUCCUGCAAGACAACAAUCGCUGGCGGUUACACUGUCUCGAAGCAGGUCAAGAUCCCUGACUACGUUUCGAACCACACUCUGCUCUCCUGGAAAUGGAACUCUUUCCAGACCGGCCAGAUCUACCUCUCCUGUGCAGACAUUGCUAUCCAGUGA